AUGCCUCCAAUGCCUCCAAUACUGAACUGUCGGACUGACAUUGUAGCUCAAAUGCUCAUUGAGCCCACAGAAGGUCGAGCGUUUGAGCUCAAUAGCCCGUCAUCAGGAGGCCUCAGUAUCUGCAGCCGUCACUUCCUGGACGAAGAAUGGGAGUGCGUGAGAGGCCGCGUGAGGCUCAAGCGAGCCGUCGUGCCCAGCCUCUUUGAUGACGUUGAAAAAGAAGCAAAUAAAUCCCCAGACCCGACAGAAGCCGUGCCAAAUAUAGACAAAAAUCAUGAAGACAAAGAAAAAACAAAAGAAAACGAAAAUACACAAAAAGAUCCCACAAAAGAUAGUAAAGAUCCAGAAAAAGAAACUGAAUCUGAAGAAGAGAAAAGUGAUAAAGAAAAAGAUAAAGAAGAAACAUCCCUAUUGUCAAAUGGUUCAGAUGAGAGAGUUCAAGACGAUAGUAAGGGAAAAGAAAUAAGAAGUAGCAAGAGUGUAAAUAGCAGGACAAGCAGUGAUAAAUGUAAGGAAAGCACGCCUAAACUGCCAUCCGGGCCCAGGGACAUAGACAAGGACAAAGUAGAAGACAUUGAAGACCUGCUCACGUACUACCACAUCAAACAGAACAACAUCCACCAGACGGAUGACGUCACCGCCCGGGACGGAACCGCCGAGGACCGGGACGGAACCGGUUCUAACCGGAACGGAACCGGUAUUAACCGGAACGGGACCGGGUUUAACCGGGAGCAGACUGAAGUGGAGCAGAUUGAAAUUGAGGUUGAACCGAUACAAGCAGAGUCGGAUCCGGUGUUUAUAGAGAUAUCCGUGGAUAAAGAUCGCCCAGCCGGCGGGGACACAGGCGACUGCUUAAUGGUGCUGGAAAGCGUGCAAGUGGACAUAGACCCGAGCGCGUUGUUGCCCGACCCCGACGCGCCUGUUGAAGAUGAUGCUAUGGACGCCAUGGAGCCCAUGGAAACUGUGGAGAUUGAUGACGCCCCUAGCGAAAAACACGACCCCAUCAGCCUGCUAACCUCAAGCGACGAAGACGAUGUCAUAAUCCAAGAGCCUCACAUCGACACCGUCGAGGUCUCCGACGAAACCGACGAGGACGAUAUGCCUUUAGUCAAACUGCUCAAGAAGCGACGAGCUGAGAAAAAGAAAAAAAACCUAGAAAAGAAAAAACUGGACAAACGAAGAUCCGACACCAUAGCCCAAAUCACGUGGGGAUUGUAUGAAUAUUAUUGCGUGCAAUGUCACUUUAAGACAACGAACGCAGCGGAGUACAGAAGGCAUAUGGCUGCCCACGCUAAAGUGAUAUUAAUGUGCCAGCUAUGCGGAUAUAUGACCGCCAGUUCCAGUCAAUUUGCAAAACACGAAAAGCAACACGGAGAAAAAACGCUAUACAAAUGUCAUCUAUGCGAUUAUAGAACGAAGAGGAAUAUAAACCUAGCGUACCACAUGAAAAGCCAUAAGCCUAAGGACGUGUGUAAUUUCGUCGAUGAAAAUAAGUUGUUAGUGGAGUCAAAGUUGUGUGACGAUAAAAAGUAUAAGUGCAAUAAGUGUGAGUACGCCACGAAGAAACGGUCUGAUCUUAAACGGCACAAGUCGAAGAAGCAUAUGGAGGAUAGCGAUAAUGAUGAGGAUUAUGUGCCUCCUAGGGUCUUUUGAGUUUUCAUUGAAGGACUGUGUGCUUACCAUAGAGAACUAGAGCAUUGGUUCCCAAACCGCCUCUGUGGUCUAGUGGUAA